CCUGUGUGAGUAUAUAAGAAGGGGAGCACCGUGGAGAAAUGCCCAGGAGAACAGCACCGGCACAACUACACACACAAUAAUACUCACAACUAUCCUCCUCAAUCCCGCCCACCAUGAGCCAGUCGACGUUGACCACCGCCCGUCUUGAGAUGGUGCCUCUAGGGCGCGAACAUGGCGACUUCCUCUACCAGCUAGACGCGAACCCCGAUGUCAUGAAGUACAUUGGAUACGGCAAGCCACUGACGGCCGAAGAGUCCGGAAUCGUCCUCAACCAUCUGCUCGACACGGCCAUGCCCGGAUCUGGGCUUGGAACCUGGGCCGGCUUUGCAGGAGGCGAAUUCGUCGGCUGGUGGGUGCUCGCGCCCAGCCAAAGCGAUGACACACCACCGAAACUGCUCCAAGAGCGCACCAUCUUCGGCUUCCGAAUUGCCCCGAACUUCUGGGGCAAGGGGUUCGCCAAGGAGGGCUCCCGCGAGCUGCUGAAGCAUGGGUUCCAGGACUUGGGCGUGAAGGAGGUGUUUGGAGACACCAUGGCCGUCAACGCGGGCUCCCGAGCGACGAUGGCGACGUGCGGAUUGAGGCAUGUCCGGACUUUCCACAACCAGUACGACAACCCCCCGCCCGGCAUUGAAGAGGGUGAGGUGGAAUACCGGAUUACCAAGGAUGAAUGGUUGGCGCUGCGGAAGUAGGGACGGAUUUAGACGACGAUGACGACGGGUGUAGUAGACAAAUGUAGUUUUAGCCAAUACCAGCCUUUGCAGCAUUCUAUGUAAAAGAUGCCGGGGUAUCUAUCUGUUUGAAAAAAAAAGCAUUGCAGCA